GCCCAGAUUAACUGGUCGUAAUGACGACCUACUUUGCCUUUUAAAAAAGAAUCAGGAAAACUAAGGAAAGCACGAAACUAGCUUCUUCUACUUCGUCUUUCUCGCUAUAGGGAAUCAGAAGAGCGGAUGCAGAAAGACGCGCAAGAAGAAAAGACGGCAGCCUCAUAAAUCUCACGCGUUGCCCGCGGCGCAUGCGCUCGUGGUGGGUCAGUGCCUUUGCUUCUCCGCUUCCUGCUAGCUCCGGGGCAGCUGGGCAAAGCCAGCGUGUGCAAAAACUGCAACAGGUGAGGUGAGGCGUGAGGGGCGGCCGGGCGGGGCUCCGUUUCCUCGUUUAAAAGGGUGCACCGAAAGAGCCCCCGCCUUCUUCUUCCCUCCACGUCUCGCGAAGCUGUCCCCUGCUUUUGGGCCGCCCUGCGCUAAGCUGGUUCCGACGAUUUCCUUUUCUGCAAGCAGCCGGGGAGGGGUCUCUUGAGAAGGACUGGCAGCCCUCCUCCCGUUUCUCUUCGGCGACUUCCUACAGAAGGAAAAGUGAAUACCAUGAAACCAUUUUAAAUGACAGAUAAAAUAACACAUUCCUCCAGCAAAAUUAUGAUGGAGGUCGGGAAGUGGCCUAUAUUUACAUUGCUUUCACCUCAAGAAAUUGCAACUAUUCGAAAAGCAUGUGUAUUUGGAACAUCUGCCAAUGAAGCUAUAUAUAUUACCCACAGUGAUGAAGUUUUUGUAUUUGGACUAAACUGCAGUAAUUGUCUGGGAACUGGAGAUAAUCAGAGUACUAUUGUACCAAAAAAACUUGAAAGUUUAUGUGGAAAGAGGAUCUGCAGUCUUAGCUAUGGAAGUGGGCCUCAUGUAAUCCUUAAUACAGAAGAUGGUGAAGUUUAUGCCUGGGGACAUAAUGGAUAUAGUCAGCUUGGGAAUGGGACAACCAACCAGGGUGUGACGCCUAUUCAGAUUUCUACUAAUUUGCUCAUUAAGAAAGUAACCGAAGUAGCUUGUGGUUCCCACCAUUCUCUUGCAUUAUCCUCUGAUGGAGAUGUAUAUGCCUGGGGCUAUAACAACUGUGGACAAGUUGGGUCAGGAUCAACUGCAAAUCAGCCAACUCCUCGCAGAGUCUCCAAUUGCUUACAGGCUAAGGUAGCAGUCAGCAUUGCCUGCGGUCAAACUUCUUCUGUUGUGGUCAUAGAUAAUGGGGAGGUUUAUGGCUGGGGCUACAAUGGCAAUGGACAACUGGGUCUGGGAAAUAACGGCAAUCAGUUAACUCCAUGCCGAGUGGCAGCUCUUCAAGGGGUUUGUGUAAUGCAGAUUGUCUGUGGCUAUGCACACACGCUAGCACUAACAGAUGAGGGUUUACUGUAUGCCUGGGGAGCAAACACUUACGGGCAGUUGGGGACUGGCAACAAAAGCAACCAUCUCAGCCCAGUGCAAAUCAUGAUGGAAAAGGAGAGGGUCGUCGAGAUUGCUGCUUGCCAUUCUACUCACACAUCUGCUGCCAAGACACAGAGUGGCUUAGUGUACAUGUGGGGCCAGUGUCGGGGUCAGUCGGUGGUCCUGCCCCAUGUUACCCACUUUUCCUGCACAGAUGAUGUGUUUGCUUGCUUUUCCACUCCUGCUGUGAUGUGGCGUCUCCUCUCCGUUGAACAUGAGGAAUUUUUAACAGUGACAGAGUCUCUGAAGAGAGAAUUUGAUAGCCCUGAAACAUCAGAUCUAAAGUUUAGAGUGGAUGGAAAAUUCAUUUAUGUACAUAAAGCCGUUUUAAAAAUCAGAUGUGAGCACUUCCGUACUAUGUUCCAGUCCUAUUGGAAUGAAGACGAGAAGGAAGUGAUAGAUGUAGAUCAGUUUUCCUAUCCAGUGUAUCGUGCUUUUCUUGAGUACUUAUACACCGACAAUGUUGACUUGCCACCUGAAGAUGCUAUAGGGCUUCUGGAUUUAGCUACAUCAUACUGUGAAAACCGACUGAAAAAACUGUGUCAGCAUCUCAUCAAAAGAGGAAUCACAGUGGAGAAUGCUUUCUCGCUGCUCUCUGCAGCAGUGCGCUAUGAUGCAGAGGAUUUAGAAGAAUUCUGCUUUAAGUUUUGUAUCAAUCACUUGACUGAAGUCACCCAGACAGCUGCCUUCUGGCAAAUGGAUGGUUCUCUGCUAAAGGAAUUCAUUGCUAAAGCCAGUAAAUAUGGAGCCUUUAAGAACUGAGAGCACUCUGAUAGCAACCGGAAGCAAAAUAUCUUGUAUGGAAUAAAGGGAAUUUUGAGAAAGGAAUCAUCCUCUCUGUAUAUAUGAGAAUGAAAUUUGCACCGUCAUUUGAGAAGAAUUUGUGAAAAAUGCUUCAUUCCUCUAUACGUCUUUCUGGGAAUGAGUCUCACUGAAUUCAGUGGGAUAUAAUAAAUUUACACUGUAAGUACAUUGAGUUAUACAAUAACUUGAAAUGUUGAAGAACCAAUUUAUUUUUCCUAAACAAAUUGGAAUUGUUUUUGUAUUUCCUUUGUAGUGUAUUAUGUUUGGAAAAGAAUUAAAUAGUUUUGUUUUGUGAACUUAAAUAAUUCUAAGUAAUUGACUGUUGGAAAGCUGUUUUGCAUUGCAAUUAUGUAUCAACUAUAUAAUAAAAUGGGUGCCUGCCUAUUGUAACCUCUAAACUAUUAAAAUUGUGCACAAAAUCAUCUUUAUAUGAAGACUGUGGUAUUCUGGAUGGACUCCUUUUUUCACCAAAAACGUUGGAAUGAAGUUAGGAAGUUAAUUUUUUGUGCAGCAAUUCCAAAAUGUGAAUAAAUGAGAAAAGGUAUUAAUAAAGUCUUUCGGAGUAUUUGCUAUA